AUGAGGAAUACAUCGAAACUUGUGCCUCUUUUUGUGAUAAUUUGUGGCGUUCAAUUCGCAAAUGCGGGAGUUUCAUUGGAGGAGAUGAAGAAAGCCGGGAUGUUGGUACGAUCAAUUUGUCAACCAAAAUUCAACAUUCCCGAUGACCAAGCUGAUGGCUAUGCUAAAGGAAUCUUUCCCGACAACAAGGACUCCAAAUGCUACGUUAAUUGUGUCUUUGAGAAUAUGCAGUCAAUGAAGCGUGGAAAAUUCCAAUAUGAAGCAAUGAAGAAGCAAGCUGAACUCCUUCUUCCGCCUGAAAUUAAGGACUCCAACAUCAAAGCAAUGGAAGUUUGUAAAUCCUGUACAGAUGGCAUUAAGGAUCACUGCGAGGCCGGAUUUGCUCUUCUUCUGUGCAUGCACAAGAAUACUGAACUCUUUGUUUUCCCUUAA